GCUCGGCGCGGUCAGAUGACGUCACUGCGCGGUCCAGUGCGGGCGGAAGCUUUGGGAGCGCAUCCCAGACCAGCGCGGGUCUAGGAUCUGCUGCUAGGGAACCUUCUCUUUUCCGAGCGGCCAGUAGCGAGUCCCGGAAUUCCUGGUCCUCCAGAAACUCCAAAAGGCGAGCUUCAAAAUCUGCAGGAAUUUGGAACCGGGCUGUGUGUUCUUCCUUUUCUGCCUCGAUCUUCUAGGCUGGCGCCCAGGAUCCAGGGUUCACAGAAGGUGACGCCUGAGGUGGACACCGUAACAGGAGACUUACAGGGUGGCGGUGCGACUAGACUGAGCAGUGACAGCAGCUUUCCCUCCCACAGGGACCUGAAGCGCGGCACUAAGAUGGGAAACAGUGCCCUCCGCGCUCAUGUGGAAACGGCGCAGAAAACCGGUGUCUUUCAGCUUAAGGACCGUGGACUGACUGAGUUCCCCGCAGAGUUGCAGAAGCUCACGAGCAACCUUAGGACUAUCGACUUGUCCAACAACAAGAUCGAGAGUCUCCCGCCUCUGCUGAUAGGGAAGUUUACUCUGCUGAAGAGCCUGUCGCUGAACAGCAACAAACUAACUGUUGUACCUGAUGAGUUAUGCAAUCUGAAAAAACUCGAAAUGCUUAGUCUAAACAACAAUCACCUAAGAGACCUGCCAGCUACCUUUGGGCAGCUCUCUGCCCUCAAGACCUUGAGCCUGUCUGGGAACCAGUUGAGAGCACUGCCACCCCAACUUUGUAGCCUCCGGCACUUGGAUGUCUUGGAUCUCUCUAAGAACCAGAUUCGGAGUAUACCUGACCUCAUCGGGGAGCUGCAGGUUAUUGAGCUCAACCUCAACCAGAACCAGAUAUCUCAAAUCUCAGUAAAGAUAUCUUCUUGUCCUCGCCUUAAAGUUCUUCGCCUGGAGGAGAACUGUCUGGAACUCAGCAUGCUUCCACAGAGUAUCCUCAGUGAUUCCCAGAUCUGUCUGCUUGCUGUAGAAGGCAAUCUUUUUGAAAUAAAGAAACUUCGAGAACUGGAAGGCUAUGAUAAGUACAUGGAGAGGUUCACAGCCACCAAGAAGAAGUUUGCAUGAUCUCCAGGUUUGUGGGAAUCCUUCAGGACACUAGCACGGAAUCUUGCUUGGAAACUGGCUGUAUCAGAGACUCUUGUUAUUCAGGAUAUUUGCAGGAAGAAGACAACACUCCAGGAGUUCAUAGUUCACUCAGUAAUCUUCCCUUUCAGGCUCUCACAUAAGCCAAAAGAAAAGAAGUCAGGUAACAUGAAGAAUGCUCCACUUUGGAUUUUGAUAGGGUAAUGGACAGUGUUGCUCCUCAACACCAGUAUCUAGUUGCUAUUUAUAAGGUGCAAGGUGCUGCUUGUUAGCAGAAUAGCCACACCACAACUUGACACUAUGCUUCAUUUCAACGUGAGCUUUCAAAGAGCUGUCUGCCACACCACCUAUGUGUUCAUGCUUCAUGUUUUUAUGAAAUUCAUGUAAGUUAUGAGAAGCUGGUAUGGUUAAUCCUAGGAUUUAUUAUUCCAGUGCAUCAGUUGAGUUGCAAUGUUUAUACUCUGAGUUUGGGACCUAUGUGACUGACUUGACUAAAGUGUGCUUUAAUUAGAGAAGCACCAAUACCACUGAAGGCUGCAGUAGCAAUUUCUUUACUAUUGCAGGUGCCUUAUUGGUGGGGGGCUCUGAAGAGCUAAACCUGUAUAUGCAAACUUAUAAACACUUAUAAAAUAUAAGAGAGACUGUAAUAAUCAAGAUUUUCCUGAAGCUUUGUUUAAAAAUUAUGUCUUAUUUCUGGCAGUCUUUCUCUUUUUUUGUAUUUAUAACUCUACUAAUAAAAUUACCUUUAGGAAAUAAUUGCUACGAUAUUUUUUAGAUGACUUGUAUUUAUUAAGUUUACUCUCUGAAUGAGAAUGAUUAAAUAAAUAAUUUUUAAUGAA